UCAGUAUGCUUUUGUUUAAUUCGUCCUCUUUUCCUGUCUUAUUUCUUUCAAGACAAAAAAAAAACUAAUUCAUUAAAAAAUUUUUUUUCUUCACUUUGUUUUAUAAUAUAUAAAAAAUUUUUAAAAUGUCUUUUCACGGGGAAGAUUAUUUCAAUGAAGGAAACGAUGAGAUUUCUAAACGAAUUUCAGAACAAAUAGAAGAGGUUAUUCCAUUAACAAUGUCAAUUAAUAGAAUUUUGGAAGAUUGUAGCAUUCAAUGGAAAUCAACAAUUUCUAAAAAGCAAUGGAAAAUGACGAAUUGUAGAAAGGCAUCUUAUUUUUCAUGGCAAAAUUCUGUUGUGGCAAGGACCUAUUUUGAAAAUGAAGAUUUAGAUAAUGCCUUUCAAAAUCUCCUAAAAUCAAAGUCAAUGUUCACUAAUCAUCUUUCUCAUUUCAUAAAUUUAUUAAAUGGUCAAACACCUUUAAUAUCAGGACCAGAAACAAAAAAUCAAGAAAAAAUGACAAUUAAUGUACCAAUAACAGAGGAAAUUAAUUCACCACUUAUUUCUGCAAUCGAAGAUCGAAUAAAUGAAAAUAUUCAUCGUACAUUUUCUGAAUUAUUAAAGGCAAAAAUAUAUUUCGACAAGACUUUAUCAAGUUUAAACAGCAUAGUAAGUGAAACAGGAUCUUCAACAAUUGAUUUUUCAAAUUGCAUUUGUCAAAUAUGCUCCAAUGUUGUGGAAAAUAAAUCUGAAAAAAAUCCCAUAAAUAUCGCAUCUGGUCAAAAAAGAAGAAGUAAGAGAAAUAAAAUAAAACGUUUAAACAGUGGUAAUAGACAAUUUACAAGCAAAGGAAAAAAUGCUAAUAGAAAGGAUUAUUCGGCUGGAGAUCGAAAUGAAACUGAAAUAAUUUAAUUGAAUUUUUAGACUUUUACAAUUUAUGAAUCUAUAAUCAGAAUAGCAAAAAAUUUACAGGUAAUUAAAAUAAAAUCAAAAUUAUUUUCCACAAGCUCUUUUUAUUAAAUAUGUUAUUUCAAUUGCUCAAAUAUACAUAAAGAUAAUUUUUUACAUUAUAUCUUAGCGAAUGUAAAGAACUUGACAUAUGCAAUAUAAAACCCUUUUCUCCGAUGUGAUAUAAUAAUUAGCCUUUUUCAAUAAGCAUUAUAAUGGAUAAAAUAAUUAUAUUCUAUUAUUAAAUGCCAAUUAUCAAUCCUUAUAGUUCGUUUCUUUUUUUAUUAAUUAAAUCAAAAAAUCACAGUCACGAGUAUAUAACGUAGACACUUAAAUUAAUAUACAUGCACUAAUUACUUACAAAUUAUUAUUAUUAUUAUUAAUAUUAAUAUUAUUAUUAUUAUUAUUAAAAGAUAAAAACUAAAGUGGAUCAAAACUUUAUUUUAUUCUCAAUUGUAAAGCAAAAAGUACAAAUCACAAACUGAAAAAAGUGUACAAAAACGAAAUAUUUGUUUUGAUCCAAAGAUUUUUGUUACAAAAUACUUGUACAAUAGUAUGCAAUUGUUUUAUGCAUAUAAUUUUUAUGCUUAAGACAAAUGCAAACUGGGAAUGGUGAAUUUUGAUGUAAAGUACUCAAAACAUAAUUUUUACGUUCGCAUGAAAAAAUGUCCAUAUUAUCGAUUUUUAAUAAAUCUUAAAACCGUUUAACGUUAAAAUACACAAAAAAAAGAAAAAUUAAUAAAAAUCGAUAAAAUAGUCCCUUUUACAUAUAUACAUGUACCUAUACUAUCAUAAAGAAAUAUGCAUUACAAGAAAUUCAAAUCUCUUUAACAAAUUUCAUUAAAAAAUAUAUAUAAAUAUUUCAUCAAACAAUAGUUUGUCAGAAACAAUAAAGACAAAUUAAAAUUUGUUUCAUAAAUUAACAAAACUUGUUCUUUCUUUUUGUUCACAAUAACACGCAAAAGAAAAACUUGGAAGAUUGCGACAUUCUUAAGAAUAGACUAAAAAUAUAUUUCAUGCAUUUUUAAAGAAUUAAUAAAUCAAAUCACAAUCAAGUUUUAAGAAUUAAAAUUCAUUUACUGAUUUUAAAUUCUUUGAAUUGAAUCAAUUUGAAAUUUGUUAUUUCACAAUAUCUGAAAAGAAGAACCUUUUGCUUCCUUUAAACUAAAAAAUUCUCUCUACUUCUCAUUUUAUUUAUAUCGGUAUACUAUUAAAUGAUUUAUUUAUCAUUUUUAAUUCUUAAAGAUUUUCAAAAGUGGCACGUAAAAAAAAAUUCUCAAAGAGAAAAUGGCAAAGCAUUUUUGAAAUUUCACAUUUUUUUACUGCAUUCUAUUAGAAAAUAAUUCACAGGCCAACCAUUUUCUCUUUUAUUGUAAAAAGUACCAUAUUCGAACACCAUUAAAAAUUAUCUAGUUAGAUAAACAGAUCUCAUAACUUAUGUACCCGAUUACAGAUUCUUGGGUACGUAAUCAUAUAUAUAAAAAUAUAAUAUAUAUAUAUAGUAAAUAUUUGAAAUGAAAGGAAAAUAUAUAAUAAAUUAUUUUAAUUUUCAAAAUAAAUAUAUUUAUUUAAUAUUAUAUGACUCGUUAAAAAAAUGUUAAAAUAUGAAGCAUACAAUUUUUUUCAAUCUUGCAAAAAAAAGACGUUCGUAUAUUUUUUUUCAACGUAUCAAAAAAUGGGCGACAUUAAAAAAUUUAACAACAAUGAAAUGAAAACUAAAAGCAACACAAAUAUUUUUAAAUAAGUGCUUGCUAUAUAAUAUGUUAACGGAGAGUAGGAUAUUAUUUUAAUAAAAAUACUUAAUUUUUUUGUUUAUUGGGAAGAUUGAGAAUAAUUGUUUAAUAAUAACUUGCGUUUUAUUAUGUAUAUGAAUAGUGUACAAUAAUUUUUUUUUUUAAUAUCACUCUUGCAAAAAUAAAGUUCCUCUAAACAGAGAAAAUCUAUUUUUGUAAGCUAACUUGAAUAUUAAUAUCGACUUAUUCAAUUUUUAAAUUAAAUAUUUCUUAUGAUAAAUUGAUCUUUGAAAAUUUAAUAGUAUUUACAUAUUAUAAUUGCACAAUAUGUAGUACAUUAUACUAUUUGCAAUAACGAAAUAAUUUUUUUUUUAUAAUGCAAUGUCCGCAAAAUAAUUAUUAUUUACAUAAAUAUCUUACAUAAUAAUAAUUCUUCUAUAAAAUUGUUAUUGUUGCGAAUUUAUUUAUAUUAGUUAUUUAGAAACUUGUAAUUCAACGUGAAUUCUGUUAAAAUUAAA